AUGGUCCUCAAAGUCGUCCUUCCAAAGUUAACUCCACAGACAAAGCCUUUCGCUAAUGCUCUCAAGGUUGUCCUUGCCGCCCUCGUUGCCGGUGUCAAAUUCCAACAAAUUCCUGGCGAUGCAGUAACCGUUGAGACCAACAACGGAACUACUUUGACCGAUGCCAACGUUGCUGUCAAGUACAUUCUCAACGUAUUGACAUUUGACGGAUCGGAGACCGCUCUCUUGCAAAGUGCAGCUAUUGAACAAGAAGAAGGUAUCUCUCGCUUGGUGUUACAAAAGAGCACACACGAGGCUUUCAAGAUCUUGGAUGGUUAUAUGACCAAGUAUGGUUCAAAGAUGUUCAGCUCGGGCGACAAGUUGAAUGCUGUGGAUGUCAUUUACUUUGGUACUCUUUACGAAUUCUUGAACAACAAUGAGGACAGCGGCAAAUACCCUGCAUUGAACACAUGGUUCACCAAUGUGUCAAAGUUGCCAGCUAUUGCAUCAGCUCUUGAGACCGUGGAUAAGCUGAUCUCCAAGGCUGCCAAGAAGAAGAUGGCUGGUGCUGAUCGCAAGUCUACCAACAAGCAAACAGAAGUUGGUGAACUUAACCCCGAGACUCAAAAGAUCAAGACUGAAAAAUUCAUUACUGUGCCUGAUGGCAAGACCAAGAUUCUUCCCAAGGAUGGUGAACGAAAUGUGCUUAUUACAUCCGCCUUGCCCUAUGUUAACAACAUCCCCCAUCUUGGCAACAUUAUUGGCUCUACUUUGAGCGCUGAUUGUUACGCUCGUUACUGCCGUGCUCGUGGUUACAAUACUCUUUACAUCUGUGGUACCGAUGAAUAUGGCACUGCCACUGAAACCAAGGCUUUGGAAGAAGGCGUCUCUUGCCGCGCUCUUUGUGACAAGUACAAUGCUAUUCACAGCAACGUGUACAAGUGGUUCCAGUUGUCUUUUGACCACUUUGGCCGCACCACCACCGACAACCAAACCGAGAUUGCUCAGGACAUUUUCAACAAGCUUCAUGCACAUGGUUUCACCAGCGAAAAUGUCAUGACCCAGCUUUUCUGUGAAAAGUGCCAAAGAUUCUUGGCUGAUCGUUAUGUCGAAGGUGUUUGCCCCAACUGCAAGUACAAUGAUGCACGUGGUGAUCAAUGCGAUUCUUGUGGCCGUUUGUUGAAUGCUACUGAACUCGAAGAACCCCGCUGCAAGUUGGAUGGUACUCGUCCCAUUACUAAGGACUCGAAGCACAUCUUUUUGGAUUUGGAUCGUCUCCAAGGUGAUAUUGAAAAGUUCAAUGCUCGUGUCAACGUUGAAGGCAAGUGGUCUUCCAAUGGUGUUCACAUUACCCAAUCUUGGUUGAAGGAAGGAUUGCGUCCUCGUUGCAUUACUCGUGAUCUCAAGUGGGGUACUCCUGUUCCUGUGCCUGGUUUCGAGAACAAGGUGUUCUAUGUCUGGUUUGAUGCUUGUAUUGGAUACCCCAGCAUUACAUCAUGCUACACCGAUGAAUGGGAAAAGUGGUGGAAGAACCCCGACAACGUCAAGCUCUAUCAAUUCAUGGGCAAAGACAAUGUUCCUUUCCACUCUGUCAUCUUCCCUGGUUCCCAACUUGGUACCAAGGAUAAGUGGACUAUGGUGCACCAUAUCAGCACUACAGAGUACUUGAACUAUGAAGGUGGCAAAUUCUCAAAGUCCCGUAACAUUGGUGUGUUUGGUACCAAUGCUGAGGAGAGUGGUAUCUCGCCCUCUGUCUGGCGCUACUAUCUUUUGUCUUCGCGUCCUGAGACUAGCGAUUCGAUGUUUACAUGGAACGAAUUUAUUACCAAGAACAACAGCGAGCUUUUGAAUAACCUUGGCAACUUUGUCAACCGUGUCAUCAAGUUUGCCCUUGCCAAAUACGAUGGUGUUGUUCCUGAAGCUGAUUUGUCGGGUGAUGCUGAACAAGCAUUGAUCAAGGAUGUCAACGAGCUCUUGGGUCAAUACGUGGAUACAAUGGAGAACGUCAAACUUCGCCAAGGCUUGAGCAUUGCCAUGUCGAUCUCGGCACGUGGUAACGUUUACUUGCAAGAAUCCAACCUCAGCAACACACUCUUCACUGAAACUCGUGGCAAGUGCGAUGCUGUCAUCAACCUCGCUCUCAACCUUAUCUACUUGUUGUCUUCUCUCCUUUAUCCUUACAUGCCCGCUACUUCCGAGAGCAUCUCACGUCAACUCAACGCACCUCUUGGCGCCAUUCCUGAUACUUUUGUAUGCAACAUCCUUGCUGGACACAAGCUUAACGGUGCAGCUUAUCUCUUCUCCAAGAUCGAUGAAAAGAUGGAGCAGGUCUGGAAGGAUAAAUAUGGUGGCUCGAGUAACGCCUAG